AUGGAUCCCGACGCAAGCGUACCAGUCGAUGAGCCAUCCGUCUUCAACUACGUCCUCUCCUUCCUCCUCGUCGGCAUAGCAUGGGGCUUCACGACGCCAUUCAUCCGCCGCGCGGCAGCGGACUUCAACGCUCGGCAGGAAGCACUCCAGAAACCACAGUCCCAGAUGGUGCCACAGACACAAUCGGCACAGUCGACAGAAGAGCAGGAGCUACAGGAUCAAAACCAGGGCGUAGCCUGCAGUACAAAGAAUGGACAUGGUCACGAAAGCGAAGAGGACCAGGACUCGGAAUCGGGAGAGGAGGAUCAACCUCUGACGGGGCGAUCAACAGCAGCAAGCACAGCAGCAGCGGAGGGUAGCUCUCGUGUCCCAGCGUGGAUGAAACCAAAGUCCACAUCCUCGUGGCUCAAGACCAAAAUCGUGACUGUCUUCUGGACGGUUUUUAAUCUCCUCCGCACGCCGGCGUAUUCCGUCCCGCUUGUUAUCAAUCUGACGGGGAGUAUUUGGUUCUUUUUGUUGGUUGGGAAGCAUGAGUUGUCAUUAACCGUCCCAUUGGCGAAUUCGAGUGCAUUCCUCUUCACGGUCCUCGGGGAGUGGUAUGUUGAGCGUAAGGUCAUUGAGAAAGAGACGUGGUUGGGAAUGGCGCUUGUCCUCGGCGGUAUUGGGAUCUGUGUGCAUUCAAAGAAUCAGAAUUAG